AUGAGAAACAUAUUUCAGGGAACGACCUUGAGUCAGUACAAGAAGAAGGGCGAUAAUGAGCCGAAGCGCGUUAUGACGGUGGGAUCCGGGUGGUCGGUCCAGAGAGCGGCGAAAGCGGGCGACGGAUUCGUUUUGACGGCGCCCGGGAGGGUCACCAAGCUUCGGGCGUCGGGCGAGCAGGAGGAGAUGGAGUGGGUGAACGCCCUCGACACUCUCAUCAAAAACGAGAAGGAGAAACUGUCGAAGAAACCCUUGAGGAGCAACACGAAGCUGUGGUGGGCGGAGACGAAACAGGGGCAGUUCUGCUUCGAGCUGGACAACCACUACGAGAUGAACAAAACGAUCGGGAGCGGUGGGUAUGGCGUGGUCGUUUCGGCUCUGGACAAGGAGAAGGACACCAGGGUUGCCGUCAAGAAGGUGGUUUCGGCGUUCGACGACAUGCUGGUGGCCAAGCGCAUGAUCCGCGAGAUCCGGCUACUGAGACAGUUCGACCACGACAACAUCAUCCGCAUCGUGGACAUGAUGCCUCCUCCCAGCGUGGAGAAGUUCAAGGACGUCUACAUGGUGCUAGACAGGAUGGACACGGACUUGCACCACAUCAUCUACUCGGGACAGAACCUGAAGCAGGCGCACCUUCAGUUCUUCCUGUACCAGAUCCUGUGCGGCCUGCACUACAUGCACUCCGCGAGGGUGAUCCACAGAGAUCUCAAGCCAGCAAACGUGCUCGUCAAUACCACUUGUGACCUCAAGCUUUGCGACUUUGGACUGGCACGGAGCCUUGGCAAGGCACCGGCGUCGGAAACAACAUCUCCAGGAGGAAGCGGCGGGGAUGGCAGUAGUAGCGCGGCGGGGGCGGCGGCGGCGGCAGGAGUUGCUCCUGACGUGGAGGACGGGGACUCCGGGGGGGAAGUGAAGUUGACGGAGUACGUGGUGACGCGAUGGUGGAGAGCCCCCGAGGUGUUCCUGGAGGCGAACUAUGGCACCGCCAUCGACGUGUGGUCGGCGGGCUGCAUCAUGGCGGAGAUGCUCCAGCGGAAGCCGCUCUUCAUGGGGUCCAACACGGCCCAGAUGCUGAGACUAGUGGUCCAGUUCACGGGAAAGCCGUCUGAGGCUGACCUGUCGUUCGUUACCAACAAGAAGUUCUCUUUAGAGUCACGGAGGGCCUACACAGACCCAAUCCAGGCGCGGAACUACGUGUUGGACAUGGCGGAGGGCCCCCGAACUUCGCUGACGGAGAGGUUUCCCGAUGCCGGCGCGGAUGCUCUGGACCUCUUGUCCAAGAUGCUGACCUUUGACCCCUCGCGACGUAUCUCUGUUCGCGACGCGAUGCGCCAUCCCUGGCUGGCGAGGUUCUACCAGGGGCGCCGCCGAGCCUCGAACUCAUGCGGGGCGGGGGAGCGGGGGGAGGGGGCUUCCCCGAUCAUGUGCCUUGUUAUGUAGCUUACGUGAGGUUUGGUGAGGGCGGGUUGUUUCGGGGAACCUCGUUUUCUUUUUCUUUGUUCUUUGUGUCUAUGUCAAGCAUGAUUAACGGCGUAGUCUAAUUACAUAACACAACAUUGUCUAAGCCGCGUACAAUCAUGGUACGUGUUUUGUUUUCUCUCCUGGCUUGAACAAUUGUCCUACUAAGUUUUGAUUUUUUGACUUGCUCUGUAUUUUACGGGCACUUACCGUCCUUGCUGUACACAGGGAAAAAAAAUGGUGCUCUCAUUUUGAUAGGGACUUUCGUGACUGCAUUUCUCGGACUGUCCCGUGCGUUGUUUUGCUGUUGAAUCGGCGGUAACGUCGGUUCAACAAGGAUAUUAGAGAACCCGGGGGGGAGGGGGGGGGGGGGGGCAGCGAGAGGUGGACGGUGUGGUAGCUGCGGCGCCCCCACAACUUGCAGGCCGGGUCCGGUGCUACAGGCCGGGUGGGGUACGCCCGGAUCGUCGAUGACAGAGUGGCCGGUCCGUCUGGUUGCCGGACCUCCUUCGAAAAUGCUGAUGAUGCUCGGGCUUGUUUUGAUUAGGGGUGGCGUUCGUUCGGAACGAAGGCCGUUCCGGACCAUUAUAGUUCUAAAUAGUGUUCUGCUACAAUAUGCAGAAAAAAACUGGGCGGGGAAAAGCAUUAGUUGUUCCUUGUGUUCUUUGGUGCGCACUCAAACGUGUUCCUUUUUUUUCUUUUCUUUUGUGGUCGAUACACACUCUGGCUUGCUCAAGUUUAUCGUCUAUUGCUUGGUGUGGGGUUGUGCAGACAUGGUACUAGAGCCCCACCUCACCCCACCCCAUCGGUUUCCUUCUGCCAACGGCUGGUGUCAAAAUGGCAAUAAAGUGCUUUUUGGUGCUUGCUGUCUUACGCGUAGGAAGAGAGGAGUACAAUUUUUCAUGAAUGAACAAUUUGUCGGUUUUGGCCACGUUUGGCGGCGUUGCCUUCUUGGGAAAUGGUUUCCGGAAUCUCCCACCUGUUUUCGCGGCUGCUGCUGCUGCUGCUGCUGCUGAUGUAUCAAGACCAGUUUUUCUUGGGGCGACCUUCUCCACGUUCUUGGGCUUCGAAAAGACACUGAAAACGGCGAAGCAGCCAAACCCGCUCAGGGAGAGCAACACUGGCAGUUGCCUCAAAUGGCGCCGCUCCGUGUUUGUGUGUGUAGUCGUUUUUAAACGUGUGUCGAUCGAGAAGUCAGUGUAGCACCUCCGUUUAAUUUGCAAUUUAGUUCUGAUGGAUGCAUUUAUUUUGGGAGGGUGGGUGGUAGGUGGCAGGUUGAUUCCAACUAACGACAUAUUUCGGUU